UCAUUGUUACUGCGAGUUGACUCGUUUCUUUAACCUUUUUUCCGUGUUUUAAAUUUUGUUUAGUGUUUUUUUUAUUUAUGUUCAAUUUAAUUUGCAACUAAUAACAUGAAACUAAAGCUGCUUAAUACCGAUUAUAGCUCGGACGAUGAGAGCGAGGAGGAAAUGCCAAAUGAUAAUCCUGCGCCCGAAGAAUCAGACAUGGGUGAAGAAGAGGAGCUGACGGAGGAAGAUGAGGAGAUGGAGGAGAGGGAGGAUCAGUCGGAGGGUGAUGAGCCCGAGGUAAAUAAUCCCGGAGCUGAUCGCCAUCCCUAUCCCACUCCGCCGCCCGAUGCGGGCUCGAAAAUGGUGCCCCCUGAUUCUGAGAACCCCAAAUCGAUGGUCCCGAAACCAAAGGGUACGCUCAUAUCCCUAGCUCUCAUGGCCAUCGGCAAGCUGGCGAGCAGAUCGGGGUCUUCGGUUCAGGCCAUAAUGACAUACCUUAAGGACAAUGGUCAGGAAUGGAAGGAUCCCAAGAAAACCGCCCGUUUCAUGCAUCGAGCUCUGAAACUGGCCGAAUCCAACGGCGAAGUGGUGAUGGUCAAGCGCUCCUUUAAACUCACCGAUAAGCAGAAGAGCUCCUCCAAGGCUGUGGAGAAGAUGAAGGCCAAGAAGCAGAAGGAGAAGGAGAAGAAAGCCAAGGCCGAGCAAAUUCAAAAGGAGAAGAUUCAGAAGAAGGAGGCCAAGGAGAAGAUGAAGGAGAAGAAGAAGGCAGCCAAGGAAAAACCCAGCAAACCAACCGAGCGGAAAACAAAACAAGCUGGAAAAAAGAAGAAGCCCGACGACGAAUCCAAGAAUAAGCCGCCAUCAUCCAAGGCAGCCUCCUCCGCUGCUGCCCAGGCCUUGCUGGAGACAUCACAGAUACCGAACCCGGAAGCGGAAAAAAAGGCGGCCAAGCCCAAGAUCAAGGCGGAACCAUCCGAGGCGGGGAAAGCCAAAAAGCCACGAAAGUCCAUUGGAACUCUGGCGCAGCCCAAGACACCCAGGCCGAAAGUGAAGGCGGUCAAGAAACUGGUGGCUGGAAAGGGUGUCACCUCCGCACCGGAUCUUUCCGAUAUGGAGGCCCAGGCCACGUCCACUCCGCAGAUGGCUACCAAGGGAAAGCGCAAGCGCAAAGUCUAGUAAUAACUUGUAUGUUUCUUAAGUACAUGUGAAACUUUGUUAAAAUAAAAUUUAUAAUUUUCAGUUCCAAUAA